AUUUAAGUACUGAAUACCAUAAGGUACCUAGAAUAAAGUAAAUUAAGGAAACACUGCAAGUGAACAAAUAAAUAGAAGAGUUAAGCCACUAACAGAAGAUUCACAAUUAAGAAUUAACGGAGAAUAUAAACUUAGCCAAGUGACAGAAAUCACCUGGCUCAGAGCGAAUCCUGCAGAGCACAGACAGUGCUCUGACACUGCAGAUAUGUGGAGAUCCCAAACUCAGAGAAGAGAGGAGGCAGAGUGUAUGGAAUUAUACCAGCUGCAGCACGUAACACAAAUUGUGAAAAUGUCUGCUGUAUGACCAAAAACGCCAGAAGUACAAUAGACUGCAUUAAACAGAAUCAGAACCACAGAAUCAUAGGUGCUCAAUUCAAUGUAAUAAACAGUUUUUAGAGCUCUUCUUGGUAUACAGAACAUGGAAGAGAGGGACAAGGGCACCUGACAGGCCUCUGGGAAGGCACAGGCCAAGGCUCAGAGGUGCCAGGAAACAGCAGGACCGGGAGAAGGGGAAAGGGGUCGAGAGAGAGUGGCAGUGCCUGGAAGUGGCACAGUGGUCACUCCAGACGUGUAUACAGACACACGAAUGUGAAGUGCUGCUGGGGUGACUGCUGUGGAGGAAGAAGGACUGUGGUGACAUCACCGAGCAACAGGCUGUGAUGUCACAAGAGAUGCACUGUGACUGCAGCACCCUCACUGCUCAUCUUUGGGCGCGGGCAGAGCCUGGCCCAGUCCGUCUCGUGCCUGGACUCCUGCCGAACGUGUGUGUGAGGCUUGGAGGUGGAGCGAGCAUUUGUCUUGGGUGCUGGGCUGUGCUUUGGGCACUGCUGGCAGCGGCUCUCAGUGCCCGUCCCUACAGCCAUCACCUGCAUUUCCCUGGCCUGCCUGGCUCAGGCAGCCGGGGCUCCACAGGGCGCACGCGCAGCAGCAGAGCGCGCAACAUUCACCACCGAGGCGCUGGUGAAGAGGAGCAGCGCCUCAUCGUCACUCCCCAGUAGGCCGCAGCAUAAGGACCAUGGCAGCGGAGCAGGAAUGGGUAUGUCCCAUCUGCCGUGAAGUGCGCAAGGACAUUGCCUACGCGGUGCCGUGCCAUCAUGAGUUCUGCCUCGGCUGCAUCCUGCGGUGGGGCAAGCAGCAGGAGAGCUGCCCGCUCUGCAGGAGGGACAUGGAAGUAGUCAAGGUCGCAGAGUGGGAUGAUGACGAGGACCUGGACUUCAUCAUCUGGCCUCCAGCACCACCUGUGCCUGCCUGCUUCGGGGAAAGCCUUGCUACAUCCCACAGCAGCUCUAGCUCCUCACGGUCCCCUUCACCAUUCUCUAAUGAGGAAGAGGAUGAAGAGGCAGAUGAGGAGGAAGGUGAGGAGGCAGAUGGGGAGGAGGCAGAGGAGGCAGAGGAGCAGGAGGAUGAGGAGGCAGAGGAGGGUCCUGUGGUGGGCGGUCUCCCGCCUGAGGCCUGGGCAGAGCUGUUCAGGCAGCACCGGGAGAUCCUGGACCCUGUGCUGCCUUUGCUGCGCCGAGAGCUGAGAGCCAUGUUUGGCACACACUGGUGGCUGGCAAUGGCAGCGGAGAGCUACAUCCUGAGUGCCCUGUGCACCAUCGGGCUGGACAGCGAGGAGCUGAUGGAGCUGAUGCGGCCUGCGCUGGGGGAUGAAACAGAGACAUUCAUCCAGGGCCUCGUCGACACCAUCGUGCGCCAAUGCGGCGAGGAGGCCCACAGACUGCUGGGUCUGCAGGGCGCCCACGUGUCUGCGGGGCAGGAGGAGGGCCCUGCAGCCAGGGGGCAGGAGGACAGCCCUGUGGCCGCCCCUGGCCCCACAACCUCCCCACAAGUGACCCUCACACAAGGGUCUGGACUCUCUGGCAGCAUUGCGAGUCCCAACAGGGAGGAGCGGCCCAGCACAGCAGGGGCUGACAUUCGUGCAGGUCCCAGUCACGCCCCUACUGCACACAUGGUGAGGGAAGCAGAGGUGCCCAAUGAGGAGAUGGAGCUGGCAGCAGCAGCAGGUCCCUCUGCCCAGGGCAGCAGCCCCUCCGCUCCUGGCCACUCGCCUGAGAGGGCCCGGCGGCCCCCGAAGAGGAGCGCCAACAGUGACCAGGACGCACAGCCGCCAUGCAAGAGGCCACCCCCUCGGCGGGACUAGCAGGGGUUGCACUUCCCCUCAGUAAAUAUGUAAAUAAAUAAAUAAAUAUUGAUUACAAAGAAUUGCAGAAUCGUCGUGGAUUGGAGGCAAAAUUUAGAAGAGUUGUAUCUUGUGGGCAUGUGUAACAUGAAAAGAAAAAAAAAAGAGGGUCAGGAAGUAACGUCCCUCUGUGGGACUAGCAGAGAUUGCACUUCUCUUUAAUUAAAAAAUUAAAAAGUGUUUUCUUAUAAUCACAGUAUGGUAUUGGUUGAGAAGGACCUGUGGAAAUCAUCUACUGCAGCCUAGAUUAUACUCGUUUUGGAAGUCCAAGCCAAGGCAGAUAACGAACAGGAGCUCUACUUAAACAAUAAUAUUACAGAACAUGGCACCCUGACAACAAUGGCUUCAGCAUUAACUUUGGGUAUAGAUAGGACUGUUUCAAAAAGAAAUAUAUUGAAAAUGUGUCUGUUUUCAUAGCAUUUUAUCAAUUUUACAUGCAUUUUUACUUAAUUAAACUAAUAAUGCUAGUUAUUAUGGCAAUGCAUUUGAAAUAAGUAUCUCUGAAUAUAUGAAAAUCUUUUUGUCUGUCAUUUUCAUAUAUGACUACAUAAAAUGUAGAAUAUUAUAUAGUAGUAUAUAUUUUGCAAUAUGUCCUGUCGUUAAAGUGAACAUGGUUCAAAUGAUUAAUCUUUUCUUCCUUUAACCAUUGUUCUCCAGUUGGUUUUCCAGAGAUAUCUAGAAGACUUCUUCUUGCUCCUAAGUAUGUGGUUGCUUUGAGUGAAGCACGAGUUAUAUAGCUAGAGAAUCCUCUGUAAAGUGGCGCAAUAUUGAGACUAAGCUCCUGUUACACAUGGUUUUACACAAAACCCAUCACUUUGCAUACACAGGCUGUAUCUAAGCUUGGGAGCACUGCUUUAGAAAGUCUGAUUACCAGGAGAAGGACUAUAUAGGAUGGGUAAAAAAAAAAAAAAAGACAGCACUGUUUUCUUAGAUGUACCAUGCAGAAGUCAAAGAUCAAAUAGCCUAAUUGGAAGUAAAUAGGACACUUAAUCCUCUAAUAGUUAUAUAGAAGUGGAUGUGUUGCCAGAAAUUCAUUUAGAAGAUACUUUUAGUAGAAUCACACAUACCAGAAAGUAAAUGCGGAAAACUGAAUGGUUAGCACUAAGCUUCUUAAGCAUA